CUGUGCUGUGAGUUAUCAGCUGUGUGUAACACAGGAUGCAGCGUGAGAGCUAACAGAGGCCCCCCUAUUGUCUGAUGUGUGUCACAUUUCUAGCAUCUGAGUCAAGAUGAACAAUUACAGAAAGCAGAUGGCAGAGCAGUUUCUGAGUCAGGCCCUGGGCAUCAUCUGCCUGCUGACCGGAGAGGAAUAUGUAAUUAUGAAAAAGAGGCCCUCCCAAAGCAGCGUUCACCGGCAGAGCAGAGAGGUGCCUAUAAAGUGUGAUGAUGUUGCUGUGUAUUUCUCUAUGGAGGAGUGGGAGUAUAUAGAGGGACACAAGGAGCUUUACAAGGACGUCCUGAUGGAGACUCACCAAGCACUAAGGACUAUGGAGAGCCCAGGGAAUGAGAGCUCAGAACUAACAGGUCACAGUGAUGAAAAUCUAUACACAGGAGCUGCAGAACUGGUACAGAAUAUUCAUCCAGUGGAGACCCCAUCAGACGUCUCUGCGGGUAGAUACUGGAAGUCCGAUGGUUUGUUCAUGGGGUAGACAAGGAAAGCCAGUGGAUCCCCAUGGCAAGCAGACACUCGAGUCAGAAGGAGUCUAAGAGGGAAACAAAACAGCACAAGAUGAGCACACACCCCGAUACAGUCACAAUUAUGUCCAAAUAAAACUUCUUUCACCUUU